AUGGCGAGCCCCGCGCAGCCGCCUCCCCAGGGCGGCGGCGGGAAGCGCAAGAGCAAGGCUCAGUACGUGCAGGCCAAGCGCGCGCGGCGCGGCGACGGCGGGGGGCCGCGGCAGCUGGAGCCCGGGCUGCAGGGCAUCCUCAUUACCUGCAACAUGAACGAGCGCAAGUGCGUGGAGGAAGCCUACAGCCUGCUCAACGAGUACGGCGACGACCUGUACGGGCCGGAGCAGUUUACAGACAAGGACCAGCAGCCCUCUGGAAGCGAGGGAGAAGACGACGACGUGGAGGCUGCCCUGAAGAAGGAAGUUGGCGACAUUAAGGCGUCCACGGAGAGGAGGCUGAGAAGAUUCCAGUCAGUGGAGAGCGGAGCAAAUAACGUGGUCUUCAUCAGGACACUUGGGAUAGAACCUGAGAAAUUGGUGCAUCAUAUUCUCCAGGAUGUAUACAAAACCAAAAAGAAGAAGACUCGAGUUAUUCUACGAAUGUUACCUAUCUCAGGCACAUGCAAGGCUUUCUUAGACGAUAUGAAAAAAUAUGCAGAAACUUUUUUGGAACCCUGGUUUAAAGCUCCAAAUAAAGGGACAUUUCAGAUUGUAUAUAAAGCUCGAAAUAACAGUCACGUGAAUAGAGAAGAAGUUAUCAAAGAAUUGGCAGGAAUAGUAGGAAGCCUCAACGUGGAAAACAAAGUGGAUCUUACCAAUCCUCAGUACACGGUGGUAGUAGAAAUCAUCAAAGCAGUCUGUUGCCUGAGUGUUGUGAGAGAUUACGUGUUGUUUCGAAAGUAUAAUCUCCAGGAGGUGGUGAAGAGUGCUAAGGACCCGCCACCUGACUCGAAGCAGACAGCCCACACAGGAAAUGGGGAGGAAGCCGAACUGGAAGCUGGUGACCUAGCAAGUCAAAAUGACCAAGCGGAAGGAAAAAGUAACCAGCAGGUGGUACCAGAGAACAGUGAGGAGCUGGGGCAGACAGAACAUGUGUCUGAGGCACAGGUGGCCAGUGAAGGAGGAGCUAAGCCUGAACUUGCAGGUCAAGUCCCAGAAGGAUCCGAGGCGAAUGAGAAUGACCUCUCAUAGAAAACAUCACUUGGUGUUGGAGUGCAAGACUGGGCUCGGAGCGAGAUGGGCCGUGCGCACACCAAACAGCUGCAGAGCGGGGCUCCUUUCCUGGGUGGAAGCCGCUGCUCUGCCGACAGUUCUGGUUCAGUGGUUUGUUUUAACCCCUUUAUUUGUUUGUGUUCAGUGAGACCUGAGUGUGACGAGCUGCUCUUCCAGCUACAAAGUGCUGUGUUCUGCUGGAAUCCGUUGCCAGGUUUACAGCUGUUUGUUUUCACUGGCAUUGGGGCGUGUUUUAUAAAUGAUGCGAUUCCAGGUUAGAACUUGAAUGCUUUCUUUUUCUUUUCCUAUUAAAAAAAUUAUGUCUGUGUUAAGAAGUCCACCUUAGUGUUGUGGUCAGUGAACUCGUUUGGCUCUGACAAACGAACACGUUUCCCUGAGCUGAACCCUGACUUCUGGGUGUUAGUUCUACUUGUAUUGCUUUGGUUUUCCUUGUACUGCUUUUGGUGCAGCCAAAUACUGAGCUUGUUUUUUAUAGUUCCUGCUAUUUUUAGAAAAAAUAAAACUAAAUAUGUUC